GGGAGGGGUGGGGUUAAGAGGAAGCGGAAGUGUCAGAGCAGGCGGAAGUGGUACUGCCCUGAAUACCCUGAGCAGCGAGCGGAGGACGGCUUGACAAACUCACAUCGUUGAGAGAAUAAAAUCGGGAUUCCUAGUACAUCUUAAAUUCUAAAAGAUGGAUAAGAGCGACCUGGUGCAGAAAGCCAAGCUGGCAGAGCAGGCCGAGCGCUAUGACGACAUGGCGGCUGCCAUGAAGGCUGUGACAGAGCAGGGCGCAGAGCUCAGCAACGAGGAGCGCAACCUGCUCUCUGUCGCCUACAAGAACGUGGUGGGGGCACGCCGUUCAUCCUGGCGCGUCAUCUCCAGCAUCGAGCAGAAGACGGAGGGGAACGAGAAGAAACAGCAGAUGGCCCGUGAUUACCGCGUGAAGAUCGAGGGUGAACUUCAAGAAAUCUGCAAUGACGUGCUGAGCCUGCUCGACAAAUUCCUCAUUCCCAACGCAUCUCAAGCGGAGAGCAAGGUGUUCUACCUCAAAAUGAAAGGAGACUACUUUAGAUACCUGUCAGAGGUGGCCUCUGGGGAGUCAAAGAAGAAUACGGUGGAGAACUCUCAGAUGGCCUACCAGGAUGCCUUCGACAUCAGCAAGAAGGAAAUGCAGCCAACACACCCCAUCCGGCUGGGCCUAGCCCUCAACUUCUCCGUCUUCUACUACGAAAUCCUCAACUCGCCCGAGCAGGCCUGCUCUUUGGCUAAGCAGGCUUUCGAUGAGGCAAUCGCCGAGCUCGACACCUUGAACGAGGACUCGUACAAAGACAGCACGCUGAUCAUGCAGCUACUAAGGGACAACCUCACUGUGAGUAUACCUGUGAACAGCUGUCGUUACUGAAACUCGAUGAGUUUU